AAGCCAUCUUACAUAUUGUCCAUUGUCUGAUUUAGUCCAUGCAACAAGGUUAUAAAAAGACUGUUAUAAUGCGUUUUAUUAUGGUCCCUCACCAGUGGUCUGUGAUACUGAAAGCUCUAUUGUCUGUGCACAACAAUCAGGGCAAUCGUCUGCUUUGAUCUAUCCACCUAACUCCUUAUUUGAACUCUCGCCGGGCGAGUUUGUUUAUCGUAAACGUUUAUCUUUCCCUUCUCUUCGCGCCCUUCCUCGCAUCUAUUCUCUUCCCUCUACGCUUCGCUCUUCUAUGAUGCUUCGAAGACUUGCCCAGUUUCUCCCUGCCCUCGUCAUCCCCACUCUCGUCUCAGCUCAUGGUUAUGUACAGCAGGUGACGAUCGACGGCACCGUCUACAUGGGCAAUGACUUGAAUGUGGCAACUCCUGCCCCUUCUAUUAUCCGUCUUGUCGACACGAACAGUCCCGUCAAGGGUACUAAUAACACGUUCCUUAACUGUGGGCAAGACGCUCAGUUCGCUUCUCUGGUCGGAAAUGCGAACCCUGGCUCCCAGCUCGAGAUUCUAUGGGUCGGCGGAACAGACGGCUCAUCUAACUGGCCGCAUAACACAGGCCCACUAAUGCACUACAUGACCAAGUGCGACGGUUCUUGUUCAACAUACAACUCGUCGAACUCCGAGUGGUUCAAGAUCUCUGAACUCGGUCUCGAGGCGGACGGUAGUACCUGGUAUCAGGCAAACCUGAAUUCUCGAGCUCCUGCGAACGUGACGAUCCCGAGCACUCUCGCACCCGGAAAUUACCUGCUUCGCUCGGAGAUUAUCUCCCUCCAACUUGCGAUGACACUAGGAGGCGCUGAGUUUUACCCUGCGUGCAUUCAACUUCAAAUUGGUGGUUCCCAGACUCAGGGCCCGACGUCGAGCGAGGAGUGCUUAUUCCCCGGUUGUUACUCUGAUACUGAUGCUGGCAUCUUAACACCAAACAUCUACAACCCGCCCAUUGAGUACACGUUCCCCGGCCCUCCUGUCGCAAGCUUCGUGGACGCCGGCUCAAGCUCUGCUGCGCCUUCUUCCACCGGCUCUGCAUCGGGUUCCUCAGCGGGGGCUACAUCAACCUUCGCCAAUGGCCCUUCUUCCACUAUUAUCGCGUCAUCCACCCCGAGUCCAACGGCGACAGGGCAGUGCAUGCUUAGCCGUUCCACCAGUGAGGAUGUUGUCAAGCGAGACAGCAGGAACAAGCGGACACACAAGCGGAGACUCACCCGUGCGCAUUAAACGCGAAUAUUAACUGGCGAGGGUGGGCUUGACGUCCCUCUCCCUCAUGGUUAUCAUAUAACAAGGCUUGAUGCCUCGUGGCACUGCGUGCCGCAUCACGACAUCAUUGAUUCGGUUAUCCACGCACACGAUCUUUUUUAACUCACUCUCGCUCAUGUUCACUCUCCUUUGGAUCAAGUCACUCUCUGUUGCAUGUUCGUUUCGUUCUGCUUUGUGCAUAUCUUGUCUAUUUGUACUUUAGGUGCCCAUCUGGAAUGGGUCUUAUCCAUGAGUAGCCAUGGUUAACAUAACAUGCAUAUUAUUACUAGUAUAGCUGCACCGGAUGUACAUAAUGCUUGAUGCAAUGCGACUGAUGGUUGAUGUA